GAUGCCUGGAAUUUGCUUGGAACUACUGGUAUGUUCGCCUACCUUUGUGGUCAGCUGGUCUCUGGCCUUCAAGAUCAAGCUCGAUGGCUUUUUACCCGGAGAGGAUUUGGAGGAUGAUGAUGCCAAAACUCUAGAUGUUGCUUGGGCAGGUGAGCUUUAUUAGUUUUGGUAUAAAUAGGCAGAAGACUUAUGCCUUAAAUAACACAUAUAUGCACAAAUACUACUGGCCUUUUCCACUUCAUGCUUCCUUCAUAAGGGAGCAAGGAUAUUAACCCUCGUCGUUUUAUCAGGCUCAGAUGUUAGCACACUGGCUAAUGCACUCUUCCUUCAAUUUUACAAACCUAGAAACAAUUGUCACUCACUCGAAACAAUUAGAUUCUUGCUUACUAAUAAACUUUCAGUCGUCUGUGGGUUAACUUCAGCCAAACAAAAUCUUCAGAUUUCCUCCCAAUAUCACCCUCUGUAGUCAUGCUCAUUCAUCCCCAUCCUCAGUCGACAAUCAACUUGGUAGAGGUUCAUCCCCUGCCUGGCUGGCCCCUCACCACAGCUCAACCUUGGCUUUACUCGGCCAGGGUUUGGUUUGGUUUUGCUGGCCUGAGACCCAACUUCUAACUCAUUUCCAUCUCCUCAUAGUUCCCAUGUUUUGCAAAACAAUUACCCUUCAUCAUUCCAUAAACCUGUCAUGUUGAAAACUUUGUUUCCAUAAGAAACCUUGAACUUAAGUCACAUCCACAAAUCCACUGGAAUGACCAAAUUUACACGACAGCAUUUUCCUUAAAAAUAAUGGUCAAAUCCAUAUUUUUGUCUUUGUACUUUCACGUUUUUUUCAUGUGGCCAUCCAAACUUUUCGUUGUUUUUCAUAAAUUGUGCUCAUGUAAGUAUUGAGACCACUUUGUGAAGAUCCAAAAAAAUUUUAUGCAUCAAGCAAGUGCAAGAGCAUGAUCAAACUUCCUUUACCAUUGUGACUAAAUGAGGCUAUAGUCACCUUUAUUAUUAUUGUUAUUUUAAGAUAACUUAUCGUACUCUCACCUUUAAACAUUUAUCAUUUUCAAACAGUUCGGGAUGAAAACACCCUCAUUUGAUGACAAGUUGCCCAUUUCCCCACACUAAGAAGCCACAAAGGUCAUGGUAUAACAUAAAUGCAUGAUAAAAUGCCAUUAGACAACUUCUGAUGCACCAUUAUAAUCAUAUUUCUUGCUUGAGAGUUGCAUUUCAACAAAUAAAUAGUCAUGCAUAUGAAAAACAAAAAAAAGGGAGUUUGGUAUUGUUGUUGAAGCUUCAACUAAUUCUUCUUCUCUCUCUCUCUCUCUCAUUGAUACUUCAUGAAAUUGACAUCUUCAGUCCCUAAUGUGGAGCUCUUCAAAGCUCGUGGGUUGAUUUAAAUCAACCUAAGCCAUACUUUAGUGGGAUAAACUUUAGACCAUUUAUCAUCUAAUCAUCCGACUUUAUCCACCAUUACUGAUUACUCUUAACUUUUUGUUUAUCAUUUCAUUCCAACAUGUGUUGAUCAAGCUUCCAGAUUGUGUUGCUCCUUUAUUUUCAUUUUUUUCGUGUAGCUACUCGAAUUUUUCGUUGUUUCGAUUGCAUCUCUAAGCUUAUAUUUUUAAGUUAAUUUAAUUUUUAUAUUUUAAUCUUUUUUCUCAUGUAUUAAGCUAAAUUUUUUAUUAUUUCAAUUACAUUCUUAGACUUAUAUUUUUUAGUCAAUUUAAGUCGUGUAUUUGUAUUUUCAUUUUUUUCAACUCUGGUCAAUCAGACCUAAUUUUUAAUUUAUGAUCUUAUUAGUCUACUAUUUUUAUUUUUUAAUACAGUAAAUUAUUAUUUUUCCUUUGACUCAAGUGAAUGUUACAUGCUAAGCAGAGGCUAUUUUGGGUUUAAAUGGCUACAAAAUAAAAGUAUUGAGCUAAUAAGGCCAUAAAUUAAAAAUUGAGUUUGAUUGAUUGCAAUUAAAAAAUUCGUGGGGUAAUAAGGCUAUAAAUUAAAAAUUAGGUCUGAUUGACCGCAAUUAAAAAAGUCAUGGGUCAAUUUGAACUUUAAUCAUUUUUUAUUUAUUUUAAGUAUCCUACUUAAUUUUUGUUUUCAUAAAAAAUUAAACAUUAUUUAAUAACUUUUAGAAAUAUAUUCUCACUUUGGGUGAGUUUGAUUGCAAGUAUAGUAUUUAUAUAGAAAGAAAAUAUUUUCUAGAUAAUUAAAUUAUUUAAAAUUAAAUUUGAGAGAAAAUAUUAAUUAAAAAUGUUUGAUUGACUUAAUUUUUUAUUUAGAAAUUGUUGUAUUUUUUUAGCUUUUGAUGUUUAAUUGUUAUUAUUUUUCAUGAAAAUAAUCACAUACACACAUGCAAAUAAUCAAUAAUCAAAUAUAUAAAUUAAUAAUUAAUUACAUAAAAUAAUUAAAUAUAUAUAUAUUUAAAAAAUAAAUUAAAUAUACAUACAUAAAAUAAUCAAAUAAUCAAACAAUGGGUCUUUAGUUGCCUAGCAAGUUCAGCCACAACUACUGUCGUUGCCCAGCCAUAGUCGCCAUCGUUGUCACUUGUCAUCGCUGUCGCUCGAGUCAUCGUUCAUCGUCGUUGCCUACCGUGCCGUGGAAUCGCUACCCCUAUAUCGUGACUUUUUGUUUUUCUCUUGCAACACUUUCGUUCGUCUUUUUUUUGUCACCGCCCACGCCUUUGUCGUCGCCUAUGUUUUGCAAGUUGCUGAUGGUUGCCACUGUAAGUCGUCAUUGCUCAUUGCUUACUGAUGGCCUCUGCAACCGUCGAAUCCGAUCGAUCCUUCUCUUCUUUUCUUCAUUGAUGGGUGGGUUUUUUCAUUUUCAUGAAAAUUUUUAUCUACCCUUUCCCAUGAGAAAAUCAGUUCCCGCAAAAGUAAAAAAAUAUAGCAUCAUGUGACCACAAAUGAGGAAAUAUUUUUCAUGAAAAAUUUGAUAAGUCAAACACAAAAAUUCGAAUUUGGGUGAAAAAUAAUUAUUUUUUUAUAAAAAGGAUGGCCAAUUAAAUUGACCCUUAUACUAAAUCAAAUAGCACUAAAUCUAACUAAAUUUAGGUUUUUUUUAUAACUAAAAAUAUAAAAAAUAGAAAAAAAAUUGAACUAUUAAAGUAUAUCCCAAGCACAACACAAGUCACCAAAAAAAGCUAACACUCGCUAGAUUCAGACAUUGGGCUCCAUAUCCCGAAGAUUUACAAAAUACUAUCGAAUACAUUUAACAUAUAGAGAUGUCAAAUAUGAAUCUCUUGCAAUGGCUAGGGAAAUUGAGGAGUGAAAAAAUAAUUUUAAAUUGUAGUUUGAAUUAAGCGUGGUAGCUGGAACUCUGCACGUAAAACACAUUGUUACACUCGAAUCAUAAAAAAUAAAUUAAAAUUUAAAGCACCAAGUUAUCUGUCAUAGACCUUUGCCUUUCCUUUUUAUCUACUAGAAGAAGCCCACAAAACCCCUUUAUUCCAUUGGUGCCAUGGCCAAGCAAAUUUGGCCCUCACAUGAAAGAAAGUCAGGAUUUUCCUCAACAUCCCAAAAAAAAAAACAAGUGAUUUUGUCUUUCUGAGUCAUCUUUUGCACAAAAAGCAUUUAUUCAGAAAGGUCAAAAAUAAGUAAUCAACCCAACAUUAUUCAUUUGAAUUAAUUUUUAAAUUUUCUCAAAAAUGUGGGCAAAACCCUACAAAAUAGUCAAUUGUUUGAGAGAGAGAGAGAGAGAGGGAGGGAGGGAGGGAUUUUCUAUUUUAAAAAAUAAAAACAACUGGACUGACACAAAGUUUUACUUUUUUAAAAUUAUAAUAAAAAUAAAAAAAAAGAAAAUUAAAAUAGGAAGAAUUUCAAACAUGGCUUGGUUGGCGUACGUGAAUGAAUGACCAAAUGGUUGCCGCAUCAGUGCUCUGUUACUCUCCGCCUGUUCCCAUCGAAGCCGAAGAAGAAGAGCUCUCAGUGGUCUCACGGAAGAAAAAUCAAAUACCCAUGUGAGGGGACAACCAUUUCAAUUCGAUUCUCGGACAAUUAGAUUCCUACCGUGCCGCCUUUGUCGGUGGCGGUUCGAGAAUGGAAGGAACAGGGGUCGGAGCGCCGGAGACCGAAGCGGCGAUGAAGGAGGAAUUGCAGAGGCUGGUGGAGGCCGUGCUUCAGGGCGGCGACGGCGACGAUUUCGACGUGGGUGCCGCCGAUCGGGCGGUGAAAAUCUUGUGCACUCUGAAGGAUUUGAAGUUGAAGCACUGGCCUUCUGUUUCAGUUGGAAUGGAUAAUCCGACAUCCUCCGGCGUCGGCUGCGCCGUUCCCGACGAGUUCCGGUGCCCAAUUUCGGGAGAACUCAUGAAGGACCCUGUUGUCUUGGCCACCGGACAGACUUAUGAUCGGCCAUUCAUCCAAAAAUGGUUAAAAGAUGGUCACAGAACAUGUCCUCAGAGCCAACAAGUCCUUUCCCAUACGGUCCUUACCCCCAACCUCUUGGUGCGAGAAAUGAUUUUGGAUUGGUGCAAAAAGCAUGGAAUGGAGCAGCCGAACCCCAUUGCAAAUAUCGAUCAUGAAGUAUUGAUUAAUGCAGAUAGAGGGCAUCUGAAUUUGCUUCUGGAGAAGAUGACAUCUUCACUUUCUGAUCAGAAAGAGGCUGCAAAACGGCUUCGGCUGCUGACAAAGCGGGUGCCAUCAUUCAGGUCUCUUUUUAGUGAGUCUACCAAUGCCAUUCCCCAGCUACUCUAUCCACUCUCCCUGGGAAGCGCUAAUACUCAUCCUGAUCUCCAAGAGGAUUUGAUUACAAUACUUCUGAAUCUCUCAAUACAUGACAGUAACAAGAAGCUGGUUGCAGAAAAUCCAGCGGCCAUUCCUCUGCUUGUUGAAUCCUUGAAAUCUGGAACUAUCGAAACAAGAAGCAGUGCUGCUGCAGCUCUCUUCACGUUGUCGGCUCUUGAAUCAAACAAGUCAAUUAUUGGGAAAUUGGGUGCCCUCAAGCCUUUAAUUGACCUUCUAGAUGAAGGGCAUCUGUUAGCCAUGAAGGAUGCUGCUUCAGCAAUUUUCAACCUAUGUCUUGUCCAUGAGAAUAAGGGGAGGGCCAUCUGCGAUGGAGCUGUUAUCGUGAUCAUGAGAAAGAUCGCAGACCGCAUCCUUGUUGAUGAGUUGCUGGCUGUUCUUGCAGUUCUUUCUAGCCAUGAGAAGGCUAUUGAGGAGAUGGGGGAGCUUGGUGCAGUGCCUUGUCUGCUUAGUAUCAUAAAAGAAAACACUUGCGAUCGCAGCAAGGAAAAUUGUGUUGCCAUAUUAUACACAAUAUGCUCGAAGGACCGGUCAAAGUUGUGGGAGAUCAUGGAAGAAGAGAAUGCCAAUGGAACGAUAUCUAGUCUUGCACAGUCGGGAACUCCAAGGGCGAAGAGGAAGGCAAAUGGCAUUCUAGAGAGGCUCGAUAAGAUCAUUUCAUUCGCCUACACUUCAUGAUCAAGUAAAUCCCUUCAUCCUUUUCUGUGAAUAUCUUCUCUUUGUUUGACACUGUACAUGCAAAUCCCAAAUCUCAAAUCCCCAAUCCCUCAACACACCUGCAUCUUGUUGAUUCUCUGCUUUCUCUCCCUUGCCUUAUCGCUUAACCAUGAGCUCUAAAACUUUGUAUCUUCACUGAAUUUGUCGCGAGUAAGGACACCGGCCUUACCAUUGACAUUUCUCCUUGUCAAUGUUGCUAUAUACCAUUUUUCUUUCUGUAGCUAUGCAUGGUAUUUGUUUCUUUA